AUGUCCGCCCAUUUCAAUCUGUUCGGAAACCCUAACCCUAUCUUUUCCCUUCAAAUCAAACCCCAAUUCGGCGACUUCUCACUCAAAAAGACUGCCGUCUCUGCUUCCCUUCCCAACCCUAACCCCAACCCCAACCCUGACCAACCCAAAGAGAACGGUGGGGUUCACUUCGACGGUUUUGCCCCGGAGAGGCCGCCGUUGGUUUGGAGAGACUUGACUGAAUUCCAGGGAGCCGAUGGCUUCUUAUCUGGAGUGGCUGUGACGGCCAAGACGUUGCUGCCGGUGACCAAGCGAGCCGUGAUAAAAUUCCGGUGGGGGGUUAAUUUUCCUACUGAUUUUGGCGGGAAAAAGAGGCUACCUUUUCUCACGGUUGACAAGAUUGGAAUCGAGCGGGUUGAGGAGGAAGUGGAGAUGAAACCGAAGAGCAACACCAGCCACGGUAAGGAGGGGGGUUUGGAGAUGUUGAAAGGAAUGUGUUUGUGGAUGGGAAGAGAAGUGGAGGCUCUACAGAGAGAAAACAGAGCGAUGAAGGAGAGCUUAGAGGAGAUGAUGAGAACUGGAGUUCAGCUGAGAAACCAUAAUCGUCGAGAAAGCAACGGUGCCGGAUUGAAGAAAUCAUCGCCAUUAUCUAAUGAGAAUUCUACCGAAUUUGAGCGGUGGAGGAACAAAAAGAAUGGCGGAGGGGAAGAGAAUGGUUGGAGAGAAAUGAAGAAAUCUAAUGGUGGUUCCGAAAUCCAGGCAACAACCGACGUCGGAGAGGAAUUGAAGAGAGCUAUCAAGGCUGCUUCGUCGUAA